CACCGCUGCAGACAGCUACGCUCCGCUUGUUGGGUCCUUUUUACAGUGGCUGGGAUUAGCCAUUAGCUGCUAACAUGCCGACUGUCGGAAUUAAAAGAGACUUUCUUUUCAAAGCUUUGGGAAAAACAUACACUGAUGAAGAAUUUGAAGAGUUGUGCUUUGAGUUUGGCUUGGAGCUGGAUGAGGUGACCUCGGAGAAGGAGAUAAUCAGCAGGGAGCAGGGAGACUCCAAAGCUGCUGACGCAUCUGAUGUCAUUCUCUACAAGAUCGACGUUCCUGCUAACCGCUACGACCUGCUGUGUCUGGAGGGCCUCGUCCGCGGUCUGCAGGUCUUCAAGAAUAAGCUGGAGGCUCCUAGAUACAGGCGCCUGAGCCCAGACAGCGGCGAGCCGCAGCGGCUGAUCAUCACUAAAGAGACGGCAGCAGUGAGACCUCACGCCGUGGCCGCCGUUCUGAGGAACAUCACUUUCACUCAGGAGCGCUACGACAGUUUCAUCGAGCUGCAGGAGAAGCUGCAUCAGAACAUCUGCAGGAAGAGGAGCCUGGUGGCCAUCGGCACUCAUGACUUGGACACCAUCUGUGGCCCGUUCACCUACACAGCCAAAGCUCCCGGAGACAUCAGCUUCAGGCCCCUGAACCAGACCAAAGAGUUCACCGCCACCCAACUCAUGAGCCUCUACAAGACCGACAGCCACCUCAGGCAUUAUCUCCCUAUUAUCGAAGACAAGCCCGUCUAUCCAGUCAUCUACGACAGCAAUGGGGUCGUCCUGUCUAUGCCUCCUAUAAUCAACGGGGAUCAUUCCAGAAUCAGCUUACAGACCAAGAACAUCUUCAUCGAGUGCACGGCCACAGAUCUCACCAAGGCAAAGAUCGUGUUGGACAUAAUAGUGACCAUGUUCAGCGAGUACUGUGCGAAACCGUUCACGGUGGAGCAGGCGGAGGUGGUUUACCCGGAUGGACAGAUCUUCACCUACCCCGAACUGACUUACAGGAAGGAGAAGCUUUCUGGAGAGUUCAUCAAUAGAAAAGUCGGCAUCAGCGAGUCAGCGGAGCAAAUCUGUCAGCUCCUGACCCGGAUGUGCCUCCUCUCCCAUCCCCUCGGCGAAGAGAUCGAGGUGGAGAUCCCGCCCACACGCCCCGACAUCAUCCACGCCUGCGACAUCAUGGAGGACGCCGCCAUCGCCUACGGUUUUAACAACGUCCCCCGCACGACGCCGCGCACCUACACCGUGGCCAACCAGUUUCCUCUGAACAAACUGACUGAGCUGCUGAGACACGACAUGGCAGCCGCUGGAUUCACCGAGGCUCUGAACUUUGCUCUGUGUUCGCAAGAGGAUAUCGCAGAAAAGCUUGGAAAGAAGAUCUCAGACGUCAAAGCCGUUCAUAUUUCCAACCCCAAGACGGCCGAUUUCCAGGCGCGUCCGAAGCAGAGGCCGGAGCGGCCGCUCAUCCUGGGACUCCAUGAGCCACCGUCCUUGGUGUCAUAUUCAACCUUCUUUCCGGGUCGCUGUGCUGAGAUCUUUCUCCGAGGGAAGAGCGUAGGACGGCUGGGAGUCCUUCACCCUGACGUCAUCGGCCGCUUCGAGCUCACGCUGCCCUGCUCAGCGCUGGAGAUGGACAUCGAGCCUUUCCUUGGCCGCACGGCUGAAGCCCUCCUCACACAUGACGUUCCCAUGCAGGAAACCGCCAAGCACCAGUUCCCGGCACGCCGCCACCCCCAGCCCGCUCUGCCAUCCCGCCCGCCUACCACUAAAACUGUAUUUGGAGACAUGAGCUCACAGGCAGGCCUCAAAGCGCUCGAUGAGUUCCUGGCCGACAGAAGCUACAUCGAGGGUUUCACGGCGUCCCAGGCUGACGCCGCGGUGUUCGAUGCCAUCCCCUCGCCUCCCCCGCAGGCCUUCGUCCACCUCCGGCGCUGGUACAGCCACAUCAAGUCCUUCCAGACAGAGAGGGCGCUUCUUCCGUCCGCCAAGAGUGAGUUUGUUCUCCCACCCGCUCCCUCCGCCUCCAGUGAAGAUGACAUCGACCUUUUUGGAUCCGACGACGAGGAAGAGAGCGCCGAGGCGGCCAGAAUCCGGGAGCAGCGCCUCGCCGCGUACGCCGCCAAGAAGUCCAAGAAGCCGGCGCUCGUUGCCAAGUCGUCCAUCCUGCUGGAUGUCAAGCCCUGGGAUGAUGAGACGGACAUGGCAAAGCUGGAGGAGUGCGUGCGCAGCGUGGCCAUGGAGGGCCUGCUGUGGGGGCGGUCCAAGCUGGUGCCAGUGGGCUACGGCAUCAAGAAGCUGCAGAUCGGCUGCGUGGUGGAGGACGAUAAGGUGGGAACAGACCUGCUGGAGGAAGCCAUCACCGCCUUCCAGGAAUACGUUCAGUCUGUAGAUGUGGCGGCCUUCAAUAAGAUCUGAUCUGGGCAGAAUGAACUGAUUUCACUGGCUGGAAUAUGGAGCUUUGCUGAAUAAAGAUCUGUGGUUUGAAGCAU